AUGACAAACCAAAAAACAACAGUAAAGAAACCAACAGAAAACACAGGAAUGCUGGAGAGUGCCAAAAAAGAGACGUCACAAUAUGCGAGAAAAUAUACGAUAAUUAUAAAUUGGAGAGAAAAAUACAAAGACGACAGCAAAAGACACACAGCUGGUAGAGAAAGACGGAAAGGAAAACAUGACAGAGAAGACAAUCACGAAAAAAAAAAGAAUUCAACAGAAAGAAACACUCAAAAUAAGGAAAGUCAACAGGAAAAACAAACAGAAACAAACAAAAAAUAUGAGGAGAAGAAGGAUGAUGAGAAGACGCGGAAGGAGGGAGAAGAGGUUGAUGAGACACAGGAGACGCGGAAUGAGACUCAUACAGAAGAAGAGGCGGUGACAAUUCAUCAGUCGGAAUUAGAAGGCGAUGACCGGUCAACUUCGCCUUUUGAAUCAACGGGUCACCGAGACACGCGACACAACCAGACAGUAGAACUGAAAGACACGUCGCCAGAAAUCGAUCCUCUUGAACCAUUCACCAUACCACCUUUGACUGUGAAUGUUCUGAGGCCAGAAUCUGUUCCGGAUGAAAAUCAACCUGUUGACACUGGUGACCGCACAGAUGAACCCACAGAUCAAUCUGUGAAUGAAGAAGACAAGGCGGAAGCUGAAGCAAGCGUGUCACAACCUCCUGACCACCACCAGAGAACUCCUGAUGGAGAGAACACAGAUGAGAAUGUGGAGGGAGUGACUGAGCACCAGAUUGUGGAUAUACUCACGGAGUUGACAGACAGCGAGUUGUCGGAGGGAGGUGAGAGUGACACACAAGUUGUGCAUACAGUCAAUAUUAUCGGUGAUGGUGAUGAUGGCAGUGUCAGUGAGACAGAGAAGGCGGUGGCAAUAGAUAAAGAAAUCUGUUCCGAUGAAAAUCAACCUGUUGACACUGGUGACCGCACAGAUGAACCCACAGAUCAAUCUGUGAAUGAAGAAGACAAGGCGGAAGCUGAAGCAAGCGUGUCACAACCUCCUGACCACCACCAGAGAACUCCUGAUGGAGGGAACACAGAUGAGAAUGUGGAGGGAGUGACUGAGCACCAGAUUGUGGAUACACUCACGGAGUUGACAGACAGCGAGUUGUCGGAGGGAGGUGAGAGUGACACACAAGUUGUGCAUACAGUCAAUAUUAUCGGUGAUGGUGAUGAUGGCAGUGUCAGUGAGACAGAGAAGGCGGUGGCAAUAGAUAAAGAGUAUGUGGAGGAGAAGGAUGAUGAGAAGACGCGGAAGGAGGGAGAAGAGGUUGAUGAGACACAGGAGACGCGGAAUGAGACUCAUACAGAAGAAGAGGCGGUGACAAUUCAUCAGUCGGAAUUAGAAGGCGAUGACCGGUCAACUUCGCCUUUUGAAUCAACGGGUCACCGAGACACGCGACACAACCAGACAGUAGAACUGAAAGACACGUCGCCAGAAAUCGAUCCUCUUGAACCAUUCACCAUACCACGUUUGACUGUGAAUGUUCUGAGGCCAGAAUCUGUUCCGGAUGAAAAUCAACCUGUUGACACUGGUGACCGCACAGAUGAACCCACAGAUCAAUCUGUGAAUGAAGAAGACAAGGCGGAAGCUGAAGCAAGCGUGUCACAACCUCCUGACCACCACCAGAGAACUCCUGAUGGAGGAACACAGAUGAGAAUGUGGAGGGACGAGUUGUCGGAGGGAGGUGAGAGUGACACACAAGUUGUGCAUACAGUCAAUAUUAUCGGUGAUGGUGAUGAUGGCAGUGUCAGUGAGACAGAGAAGGCGGUGGCAAUAGAUAAAGAGUAUGUGGAGGAGAAGGAUGAUGAGAAGACGCGGAAGGAGGGAGAAGAGGUUGAUGAGACACAGGAGACGCGGAAUGAGACUCAUACAGAAGAAGAGGCGGUGACAAUUCAUCAGUCGGAAUUAGAAGGCGAUGACCGGUCAACUUCGCCUUUUGAAUCAACGGGUCACCGAGACACGCGACACAACCAGACAGUAGAACUGAAAGACACGUCGCCAGAAAUCGAUCCUCUUGAACCAUUCACCAUACCACGUUUGACUGUGAAUGUUCUGAGGCCAGAAUCUGUUCCGGAUGAAAAUCAACCUGUUGACACUGGUGACCGCACAGAUGAACCCACAGAUCAAUCUGUGAAUGAAGAAGACAAGGCGGAAGCUGAAGCAAGCGUGUCACAACCUCCUGACCACCACCAGAGAACUCCUGAUGGAGAGAACACAGAUGAGAAUGUGGAGGGAGUGACUGAGCACCAGAUUGUGGAUACACUCACGGAGUUGACAGACAGCGAGUUGUCGGAGGGAGGUGAGAGUGACACACAAGUUGUGCAUACAGUCAAUAUUAUCGGUGAUGGUGAUGAUGGCAGUGUCAGUGAGACAGAGAAGGCGGUGGCAAUAGAUAAAGAGUAUGUGGAGGAGAAGGAUGAUGAGAAGACGCGGAAGGAGGGAGAAGAGGUUGAUGAGACACAGGAGACGCGGAAUGAGACUCAUACAGAAGAAGAGGCGGUGACAAUUCAUCAGUCGGAAUUAGAAGGCGAUGACCGGUCAACUUCGCCUUUUGAAUCAACGGGUCACCGAGACACGCGACACAACCAGACAGUAGAACUGAAAGACACGUCGCCAGAAAUCGAUUCUCUUGAACCAUUCACCAUACCACGUUUGACUGUGAAUGUUCUGAGGCCAGAAUCUGUUCCGGAUGAAAAUCAACCUGUUGACACUGGUGACCGCACAGAUGAACCCACAGAUCAAUCUGUGAAUGAAGAAGACAAGGCGGAAGCUGAAGCAAGCGUGUCACAACCUCCUGACCACCACCAGAGAACUCCUGAUGGAGAGAACACAGAUGAGAAUGUGGAGGGAGUGACUGAGCACCAGAUUGUGGAUACACUCACGGAGUUGACAGACAGCGAGUUGUCGGAGGGAGGUGAGAGUGACACACAAGUUGUGCAUACAGUCAAUAUUAUCGGUGAUGGUGAUGAUGGCAGUGUCAGUGAGACAGAGAAGGCGGUGGCAAUAGAUAAAGAGUAUGUGGAGGAGAAGGAUGAUGAGAAGACGCGGAAGGAGGGAGAAGAGGUUGAUGAGACACAGGAGACGCGGAAUGAGACUCAUACAGAAGAAGAGGCGGUGACAAUUCAUCAGUCGGAAUUAGAAGGCGAUGACCGGUCAACUUCGCCUUUUGAAUCAACGGGUCACCGAGACACGCGACACAACCAGACAGUAGAACUGAAAGACACGUCGCCAGAAAUCGAUUCUCUUGAACCAUUCACCAUACCACGUUUGACUGUGAAUGUUCUGAGGCCAGAAUCUGUUCCGGAUGAAAAUCAACCUGUUGACACUGGUGACCGCACAGAUGAACCCACAGAUCAAUCUGUGAAUGAAGAAGACAAGGCGGAAGCUGAAGCAAGCGUGUCACAACCUCCUGACCACCACCAGAGAACUCCUGAUGGAGGAACACAGAUGAGAAUGUGGAGGGACGAGUUGUCGGAGGGAGGUGAGAGUGACACACAAGUUGUGCAUACAGUCAAUAUUAUCGGUGAUGGUGAUGAUGGCAGUGUCAGUGAGACAGAGAAGGCGGUGGCAAUAGAUAAAGAGUAUGUGGAGGAGAAGGAUGAUGAGAAGACGCGGAAGGAGGGAGAAGAGGUUGAUGAGACACAGGAGACGCGGAAUGAGACUCAUACAGAAGAAGAGGCGGUGACAAUUCAUCAGUCGGAAUUAGAAGGCGAUGACCGGUCAACUUCGCCUUUUGAAUCAACGGGUCACCGAGACACGCGACACAACCAGACAGUAGAACUGAAAGACACGUCGCCAGAAAUCGAUCCUCUUGAACCAUUCACCAUACCACGUUUGACUGUGAAUGUUCUGAGGCCAGAAUCUGUUCCGGAUGAAAAUCAACCUGUUGACACUGGUGACCGCACAGAUGAACCCACAGAUCAAUCUGUGAAUGAAGAAGACAAGGCGGAAGCUGAAGCAAGCGUGUCACAACCUCCUGACCACCACCAGAGAACUCCUGAUGGAGAGAACACAGAUGAGAAUGUGGAGGGAGUGACUGAGCACCAGAUUGUGGAUACACUCACGGAGUUGACAGACAGCGAGUUGUCGGAGGGAGGUGAGAGUGACACACAAGUUGUGCAUACAGUCAAUAUUAUCGGUGAUGGUGAUGAUGGCAGUGUCAGUGAGACAGAGAAGGCGGUGGCAAUAGAUAAAGAGUAUGUGGAGGAGAAGGAUGAUGAGAAGACGCGGAAGGAGGGAGAAGAGGUUGAUGAGACACAGGAGACGCGGAAUGAGACGCAUACAGAAGAAGAGGCGGUGACAAUUCAUCAGUCGGAAUUAGAAGGCGAUGACCGGUCAACUUCGCCUUUUGAAUCAAUGGGUCACCGAGACACGCGACACAACCAGACAGUAGAACUGAAAGACACGUCGCCAGAAAUCGAUUCUCUUGAACCAUUCACCAUACCACCUUUGACUGUGAAUGUUCUGAGGCCAGAAUCUGUUCCAGAUGAAAAUCAACCUGUUGACACUGGUGACCGCACAGAUGAACCCACAGAUCAAUCUGUGAAUGAAGAAGACAAGGCGGAAGCUGAAGCAAGCGUGUCACAACCUCCUGACCACCACCAGAGAACUCCUGAUGGAGAGAACACAGAUGAGAAUGUGGAGGGAGUGACUGAGCACCAGAUUGUGGAUAUACUCACGGAGUUGACAGACAGCGAGUUGUCGGAGGGAGGUUACUAUUUCGAUUUUCAUUUCAAAUCUCCUUACCAUUCUUUUUCAAAUACGUAUAAUAGUUUCUCAAAAGUCUAUUCCGCUUUCUCACAAUUAAUGUUCACUCGCAUUCAUAAUAAAUUUUGUAUUUUUGUUAGUUUACCAGCAAGUAAUACUGGUUUAUGCAACGACUGUUUUAAACUUCCUGUUUCAUUAACUUCGAAAACUGUAUUUUCUUCUCUGCAUUCAAUGAUAUCCGCCUGUAAUUUGAAUUAUUCUGUCUUUAUUUCGAUGUCAUCUUUGGAUUUCUUAGAUAUUUCUUAUUCGACUUUGGGUUCUCAACGUCGUUUCACUUCGAAAUCUAGAAAAUCUCGGCAUAUAUUCCAUAACGCUUUCAAAUAA